UCCAGGUUUCAAUAUAACCUGUUUUUGGUUUUGUCUGUUUAAAAGUCUGAAUUUCCUUGCAUACAGAGGUUUGAAGGUGGGGCUGUGCUUCCUUAGAUGGGCUUCUUGGCAGACCUGUUGUACUUGUCAUUGCCCAGCUGGUGAGCCCUUAAUGUGACAAAAGAGAGAUGGGUGAGGCCCACAGAGAUGGGGGUGUGAAUGGGAGCCAGCCCUCUUGACACUGAUCUGGGGUGUCAACUAUAAAGGGAGAAGUUCACUGUCUAUACUCUCUAAAGCUCAGAGAGACAGUUGUCAGAGGUCAUGGGUAACAGUUGGGAGUGGAGAGAAAGGCAUUACCUGUUGCUUUUUAACAUGUUGGGCUGUACUGGGUGAAGGAGCCGCUCUGCUGAGUUAACACUCUACCAAGAUUUCCCUUCUCUGCACCAGUUUGGGCAGCACGACCAUAAAUCGAAUCCAGAGCGGAUUAGCGUUCAUGCUGAAGUGUCUGAGAUGGCAAGGGAUGCAGUGCUGGGACAAGGGCUGCUCCUCAGACUGGGUAUCUCUGUGGUGCUACUGGGGCCUCUCAUGCCCAGCACAGACGGUUGUUCUCCUCCAACGCCAGGGUUUGCUUCCUAUGAAGUGAUAGUUCCAAGGAAGCUAGCGCCAAAGGAAGCCAGUGCCCCCAAGGACAAGGUGUCCUAUGCCAUCAAGGCAGAAGGAAAGAUCCACAUUGUUCACCUAAAGCAGAAGAAAGGAUUCCUAGUAAAAAAUUUCCCAGUCUUCACUUAUGAUGAUAGAGGUCAACUGAAGGUAGAUCAGCCCCAUAUUCCAGACGAUUGCUACUAUCAUGGGUAUGUGGAAGAUACCCCCGAGUCACUUGCGGCCCUCAACAUUUGUUCUGGACUCAGAGGCUUUUUCCAGAUUGGGAGCUUAAGCUACGGCAUUGAACCUGUGGAGAAUUCCUUUACCUUCCAGCACCUUCUGUAUCGAUCUGAGGAGAUGGAACCCAUGCCUGUGACGUGUGACGUAACUGACGGAGAAAGCAAACGUCCAGCAGCUUUAAUGGAGAGUAGGAAGGAUUUAACAGGGAAAGACCUGACUAUAAGAUUCAGACACACCAAGUAUAUUGAGCUCUUUAUAGUGGGUGACAAAAACCUGUUUGACCAUCAUGGGAAAAAUCAAACCAAUGUGACAUAUUUUGUUGUUGACACAGUCAAUAUGGUAGAUAGUCAUUUUCAACCUUUAAAAAUACGUGUCCUUCUGAUUGGGCUAGAAAUCUGGACACAAAGCAACCUCAUUAGAAUUCCUCAAGACAUUAGGUUGCUUCUUCAAGGUUUUAAUGACUGGAGAAGACUUAAUCUUGCUCAACGUGUGAAACAUGAUGUUGCACACCUAUUUAUUUAUAAAAAUUUUGGAAAAUUAGUUGGUAGGGCAUAUGUAAGUGGGAUCUGUGAAAACUAUUAUGGAGCAGCAGUUGAAGCCUACAUUUAUAAGGGGCCAAUACUCUUUUCAAAAGUUGUCUGUCAUGAACUGGGUCAUAAUCUUGGCAUGGAGCAUGAUCAAGAAGGCUGUAUGUGUGGCAAUCAAAAAAGCUGCAUUAUGAGUGAAGGAAAUUCAAAAACAAGUCUAUUCAGUAACUGCAGUAAAGAAGAUUUUUUAUACCUAAUGGAUCAAGGAAAAGGAAACUGUUUGUAUAACGUCCCUGGACCUCACAAACUUUUUACCAUCCAGCGCUGUGGUAACAAAGUAGUGGACCAGGGAGAAGAGUGUGAUUGUGGGGACCGGAUACAAUGCAGAAAGGAUCCCUGUUGCCAUCACAAUUGCACGCUGAAGCGAGGAGCUGUUUGUUCUGUUGGACAGUGCUGUCGAAAAUGUAAGUUUCUUCCAUCAGGAAAAACAUGUAGAGCAAUUUCAGAUGAGUGUGACCUGCCUGAAUAUUGCAAUGGGAUUUUUGAAUGGUGUCCUGAAGAUGUGUAUGAGCAGGACGGAAAUCCAUGCAGUGACAACGGCUACUGUUAUAAAGGGAAAUGUGCCACCCAUAAUUUACAGUGUGAAAGUAUCUUUGGAAAAGGAGCUAAGGCUGCUCCCAAAAUGUGCUUCAAUGAGCUGAAUUUAAAAGCUGAUCGGUUUGGCAACUGUGGGGGUGACGGGAAAGAAACUGAGUUUGCGAAAUGUGACUUAAACAACAGCUUGUGUGGGAGACUGCAGUGUGUGAAUGUGAAAACCAUUCCUGUUUUGGAGGAGUAUGAAACUAUUAUUCAAACACCUGUGGUUAAUGGGUGGUGCUGGGGCAUAGAUGCAGGGAUAGAUAUCAUUGAUAUCGGGAUGGUGAUAGAUGGCACAAUGUGCGGCAAAACAAAGCUGUGUCUGAAUCGGACAUGUACUGCUGCUUCAAUGAUCAAAAAAGCUUGCAAUGAGAAUAUACAUUGCAGUGGAAAAGGAGUUUGCAACAAUAAUAAAAACUGUCACUGUAUAUGGGGUUGGGCCCCUCCAAACUGUCAGUUCCAUGGCUUUGGAGGAAGUAUUGACAGUGGCCCUCCCCCAUCUAAGCUGCAUUAUGAAAUCUGGUGGGUAUAUUGGGCAAUAUUUGGUCUGGGUCUCCUCCUUCUCAUUGGUCUUAUUGCUGCUGCCAUAAGAUUUAGGAAGCGUAUCCCAUCAUUUCUGCGUUGUACAUCAUUCAAGAGGGCUCAACCAAAAAGUCAUCUUUCAGAGAAGAAUAUAAAGAACUCUGCAGAAAGAAACCAACAUCACUGAAAUGCAAAAUGGAAAGGCCAUAAUGUAGGAGUUUCCACUGCUGCCUUAAGUUUCCACUGCUGUCCUAGCCUUGAACCAGUUUACUAGUUACAAAUUCUUAGCAUUCACAUUAUAUCUCCUGUAAGGAAUACCUAGACUUUAAUAGGUUUGGUUUGGGUAUAAAUAAAGAUAAUAUGUAAAGCCAAAUAAACAUGAAAGUUUUAGUUUUCAGCUCAGCACAGGAUUUGAACAAAAAUUAUAAUGAAACAGGUUCUUAUUAAAUUGAGUGGCUGGAAGAUCACCCUGCAAAUUACUUAUUUAAAUUCAUGAAUAGUUUUUAAAAUACUCAGCUGAGACUCUGGGUUCUUUCAUAUAAUUUACAAGAUAGGUGACCCAAGAGGCCCAGCAAAACUACUUAUCUCUAUAAAACUACACCUCUAUCAAUACUAGCAGCUUGCAAA